AUUUAAUUAUUAAUUAAAUAUUUAAGCUAUUAUAUAAGUUCAAGUAUAAAUAUAAUAAUAUGUAUUAUAAAGCGGUAUUUGUGAUUGAUUGCUAAACAUAAAGGUCUGCAAUUAUUAUAUGACUUAAGCCUAGGUUUGAACAAUAGUUGAUUGAAAAACACUGUCUGUCAAAUAUAAAGUAUUUUGAAGAAGAAAUUAUCUUAGCGACAUUGUUCAAAAUAGACUCCCGUUAACUUAAUAACAUACUCAGUGCACAAAUAUCUCAAAAUGUCAGAAGCUGCUGAUGAUCCGAUAAUUAAAAUUGAACCACAAGAAUAUCCAAUCGAAGACAUUAAACCAGAAAUUGAGGAAGACCCUGAAUCGUGUUCAGAGGAUGACAAAACAUGUCUAAACAGAUUUAUGAACUCCAUAGUGAAAAUAGAAGAAAAUGUUGAACAGGAAUUAAUUCAGACUGCUCCUUAUAAAUGUGACAAGUGUCAUAGAACAUUUAGAAAGUUGCAUUAUUUAGAACAGCAUAUGUUACAUUAUUGUCAUAGGGAUGCAUAUUGUUCAGGGUCUUAUUCAGAUGCAAGUGCAUUAAAAAUACAUUUAAAAUCUUAUACAUGUGAAAAACAUUUCACAUGUACAAAAUGCGGUAAAGCAUUUUCUGAAAAAUAUCAUUUAGAUCAACACAUUUGUGCUCGUGCCAGAAAACAAAAUAUUCACGCUCAUACAGCAAAGGGACGAGGUGAACGUUCCCAUAUUUGCCAAAUUUGUGAUAAGACAUUCACACGUUUCAAUCACUUGAAUCAACAUAUGCUCAUUCAUACUGGUGAACGGCCUCAUAUUUGCAAAAUGUGUAAAAAAGCAUUCACACAAUCGAGUAAUUUGAAUCAACAUAUGCUAAUACACGCUGGGGUACGUCCCCAUAUUUGCAAAAUAUGUGAUAAGACAUUCACACAUUCGAGUAACUUGAAACAACAUAUGCUAAUACACACUGGGGUAGGUCCCCAUAUUUGCAAAAUAUGUAAUAAGGCAUUCACACAUUUGGUUCACUUGAAUAAACAUAUGCUCAUUCACACUGGUGAACGGCCUCAUAUUUGCAAAAUAUGUAAAAAAGCAUUCACACAAUUGGGUAACUUGAAACAACAUAUGCUAGUACACACUGGUGAUCGUCCCCAUAUUUGCAAAAUAUGUGAUAAGACAUUCAGACAUUCGAGUAACUUAAAUCAACAUAUGCUAAAUCACACUGGUGAUCGUCCCCAUAUUUGCGAAAUAUGUAAAAAGGCAUUCAAAAAUUUGAAUAAUUUGAAUAAACAUUCACUUAUUCACACUGGUGAACGUCCCCAUAUUUGCAAAAUAUGUAAAAAGGCAUUCACACAAUCGGGUAACUUGAAUAGACAUAUGGUCAUUCACACUGGAGAAUGCCCCUACAAAUGCAAAAUCUGUGAUAAGGUAUUCAAAUGUUCAAAAUCCCUGAAAAAGCACAUGGUUGCUCAUACCAAUGAGUAAUUAGUAUUUACAAAAUUGGUAAGAAAAUUACAUAUGACUGCUUAUAGAAAUUAAUGUUAAUUAGAUAUAUGAAUUAAUUUUCAUAUUUUAUAAAAUAAAUAAACAUUGUU